AUGUCGAUUGAUUAUCCUGAUGACAAUUCUACAAUGGUGGUAACAAAUUUAUUUAUGAAAGAUUUUACCAUUCCAGAAACGUGGAACUUAGAUGCAACAGCGAUUACUGGUCCGAUCGCUAAAAAAGACAUGGAAGAAAAAGAAAUAAAAGAUAACUUUGAAUCUAAAAAAGAUGAAAAUGAAGUAAAAAAGACCACUAAUGAAGAUCCGGUGGAAGUUGAUGACGUGCAAUCAAAUGAAGAGGAUGCUUCAGAAGAAAGUGCAAAACCUGUUACUCCUGUCGAAGAAUUGAUGGAUACUAAAACAGAAACAGAUGUAAAAGAAGAAAAUAUAGAUGAGAAAGAAGAAAGUAUAGAUGAAGAAGAAGAUAAAGAAAAUGAUACAUUUUCUAAAGAGAAAAUAGUUACAUCUGUUGAGCACGAAAAUGAUGCCAGUGUUGAGCAUUUAGAUAAAAAUUUACCCAUCUCUGACCCCGAGCAUUUCGAUGAAAGUUUACCCAUCUCUGAUCCUGAGCAGGAAGGCCGAGCUAACCAGUUGCUUUCUUCUGAUCUAGAAGACUCUGAAGAAGCAAAAAGGGUUGAGAAUCCAGACGACCUUCUUUCCAGGAGCUACCCAGCUAAACAGUUGCUGAAAAUGAAAUGGUGGGAGAACCCAAUUCGGUUAAAGAAGAAUGAAGACGAAUGGACACAAUUUGAUUUGGUUUUCAAUGAUGAAGAAAUUUCCCGAGAAAAGCGAAGGAGUGCUGUGAUAAAUACCCAAGUCAGUGUGGAAAGCGAAGAUAUGUUUCACAGGUACUCAAAGUCUGCCAACGUAACUCAAACGGCAAACUGA